GGCUGCCGUCUCUCCCGAUCAUGGCAAACCUCGAUGCCCGCAUCUUCGGGAUGACCAACCGGUCAGUCUCAAGGCUCCGCUUGAGAAACGCCCCCCACCUGCCUGCCCCCCUGCCCCCCAGACGUCGUCAAGGGCCCGGCCAAUCUCGUCACUCAGGAUCCACCCAACGAGAUGCACGUCGCGGCAACAUAUCGGGCCGCCAUUCUAAACAUGUUGGUUCGACGACGUGGGCAGGAGCUUGAUGUUGUUGGUUCGACGCGUGUUUUCGAAGCUCGCAGGAUCAACCCCCAUUCCUGCGAAGCACCCCAUGCAGGCCAUGCUGGCGAAGCUUGCUGCCUUAUUACCACACAGAAAUGAUCCUGCAGGAAAUCCACGCAGUGAAAUCCACUCAGUAAAGCCCACGCAAAGGCUGCGUCUGCGCCAUCUGCGACUUGGUGGACCGAUGUGCCAUCCGAAACUCCCAACAACUUCAGCUUCACAACCUCAUUCGGCGCUUCGCCCCGUGUGCCUGCAUCUGCUGGUACAGAUGGGAGCCCCAAAUGGUCCACAGAGCCACAGUACUAUGUAGCCCUCAUCUCGGGCCUGGCCAUGGACUCUUGCUGUCACAUGUUUGUAAGCACCAACAACAUGUCGACCCUUGCGACACCCAGAGAUUCCCCUCUCCACCCUCGGACGCACGGGAUGGGUCUCGGCCUCCAGCCUGUUGCCAGUUGGGAAUUUUGACGACACCCUGGGUUCCUUUUACACAGUAUUUGGCUGCGUCCUGAGGCGGCUCCAAGCCGACAGGGAACCAUCGUCUUACUGUGUACACACACCACGCCCUCAUUCCUACACCUGCCGUCUGACGCGCCCUCCACCCUGGCCCCUUUUUCAUUUAUCCUAGCGAGGCAAGAAACAACUAAGCUUUCGCCUGCUGGAAGGAGCUCAGAAGUCCCAUCUCUCGAUGGUAACCCCCGGGUGCCCAGCUAGGUACGAUGUGGGCAAAGGAACUAGGCCCUGGUCCAAGCAAGGCUGCCCUGGGCUUCCAAAACGUUCCUCGAGCAGCCGCAGCAGGGUAGCAUCUCCUGCGCCGAAUGGCCCUGUCUUCUCGCGUGGCAGUUCCUCCUCCAUCCCAGCUCUUUCUCCCCUGUUGGCCUGCUUCUCCUUGGGGAGGCAUGACGGGUCCAUCUCUUCCUAGUGCAUGCACGCGGAAGGGAGAUUGCGGCGGAUGUGGUGUGCGAAGUAGUACUCCCUCCUUGUUGCCAUCGCGCCGCCCUGCCACCCGAACAACCAUAUUAGAUCUGGGCCCUCCCCAUGCGAUAUCACGCCGUGGUAUCUCGUCCCUUUUGUUGUUCCUUUUGAUCUGAUCCCUUCCGGUCUGCUAUACUUGGGUUGCCCUGCUUCAUGUGACCUCGGAUUCUCCGCCCAACUCGCAUGGUUUUAUUCGCACGCAACCCCGGGCUCACCACUUUUGGUUGAACGGACGCUGCCGCCUCUAUGAAUGCAGCAGGCUCUCAUGGCCGACAAUGCUGCUUACCUUGCUGAAUACAAUGGCGGGUCCCUAGUGGGCACUGCCGUGUCGUUCUUGGUUUUGACCUUCUUCUCCGUCGGGCUCCGCACAUAUGUUCGAGGCGUCUUGACCAAUAGCUUCAUGGCCGAUGACUGGCUCAUGCUGGCCGCUCAGGCCGUCUUUACUAUAUCGUGCACAUUUAUAUUGCUCGGCAUCGACACGGGGUUGGGGAGGCACAACAAGGCGAUGCCACAGGACCAGGAGAUCCAAGCACUGAAGUGGCAAGCCCUAGCAACGGCCACAUAUGUCCUCAACAUGAUGUUUAUCAAGCUUUCGAUCGGCUUUUUCCUGCUGCGGCUGGCGGUACAGAAGCGCUACCUCUACACGAUCUACGGAACCAUGUUUGUUGUCUUGAUCUGGUCCCUAGCCCUGUGGUUCUGGGACAUAUUCCAGUGUAGCCCUGUGCCUGCCCAGUGGGACUACACCAUUCCGAAUCUCAGAUGUGUUUCGGCGCAGGAGGUUGUCAGCGCGGCCUACGCAUUGUCCGUCAUGACCAUUGUCACGGACUGGCUUUUCGCGCUACUUCCAAUACCCAUGAUCUGGCAUGUCAACAUGAGCCCACAGGCCAAGGCCACGGUCUUUGUGAUAUUGGGGCUGGGUGUAUUCGCAUCCAUUGCGACCCUGAUCAGGCUAAAGUUCCUCGCCGAUCUGACAGAUACUUCCGACAUCCUAUUUGCCGGGACCGAUGCAAUGGUCUGGACCCUUGUCGAGCCGGGCGUGGCCAUAGUUGCAUCAAGCCUCGUCACUAUCCGGCCCCUCCUUCGCAAGAUGCGCCUCAGGGGUUUCGAGUCAACAGAGCGGAGCCGGGGCCUCCAGCUCGAGGGCCAGAACGGCAGCCUCGGUGCCAUUGGGGGCUCCAGGGCCGGGGCUACCACACGUUCCGGUACACGACGGGCAUCAGGUAUGCCGGGCUACGGGCGAGGCAGUAUCAAACUUGCAGACAUGGACCCUGAAUCCAACAAAGGUGGCAGCGGCUAUUGGUCGCAGGAGACGACGCUGACAUCGCGAACAUCGACACGCGCGGGCAGGAAUGGCUGGGGUGUCGGGGUUGCAGUCACAGUACAGGAGGAUGAUGAGGCCGGCGACAGGAUCUCGCCAGCUGUGGGAAGGAGCGGCAUAACGACACCUGAAAGCGACGUCUAUGUGAUUGAGGGCCCGGCGAGGACGCAACUGGGGAGUGCUUGGGGCAGCAACUCACCCACAAGUGCUGAGGAGUCCGAGCACAGCCAAGGACUGAGACAUGCUGCUCACCACGGAAGUGAGUCGACGGCCGCUGCGCCAACCGCCAAUCCUCGAAACACCUUGCCUUGGCCACUUCCUAACUAACCCGCCCGACCCUUGGUACAGCUGGCCCCCGGAGGAUGCCGUCACCUGACUUCCCCAUCCAAAACCCCUGACAGGAUCGAUUCAAACGGCUUUUAUCCGGUCCAGUCGGGGCAAUCCAAAAGUGAGCGAAAGGCGCCUGGAGUUUCCUGCUAGACUAUUGAUCUGAAUAAAGUUCAUUUCCUGUC